AUGUCAAGACGAACAAGAUUGAUCAUGGAGAGUGCACUUUCCACUAAAAACGGCAAUAAUAAUAAGAAGUUUUUGCCAGAAAACAACAACGUCAAUCUAUUGCCGCCCGGCCGGCAAAAUACGGAGUCCGAAAUUACCAAAGAACCUCCCAUUACUUAUGAUAAAGCUAAUAAUAUUGAUAGAUUUAUUGAAAAUGAAGGUGUUAAAAGUCAGUUUGAUGAGGCAAUUAAAAACGGUUUGAGAACUCCUUCACCAUUAACGCAUCCUUGCGGUUUUCCUGCAGAAAAAAGAAAUGCUUUACUCAAAAACCUGGACCAAGUUAUACCCAAUAAUCGAAGAGAGUUCUGGUUAAAUAUGCCUACUAGAUAA